AUGGCACCCUCAGCCACCUCCCCAGUCCCCUCUCCGGACCCCACAGUCCUUACUCUCCAAAAAGUCCUCACCUCCGAAUCCGAGCCUCUGGCACGCCGUUUCCGCGCCCUGUUUUCCCUCAAGCACCUUGCGUGCCAGUCAUCCCUGCCCGCGAUCCACGCCAUCGCGGCAGGCUUCAGCUCUCCCUCGGCUCUCCUCAAGCACGAGCUCGCAUACUGUCUUGGCCAGAGCAGAAAUCUUGCUGCGGUGCCCUUCCUCCGCGCCGUGCUGGAAAAUAAACAGGAGGAUUCUAUGUGUAGGCAUGAGGCGGCGGAAGCGCUAGGUGCGCUGGGGGAUAUGGGCAGUUUGGACGUCCUGAAACAGUUGAGGGAUGCUAAGGAUGAGGUGGAAGUGGUCCGCGAGACGUGCGAACUGGCUGUCGCUAGAAUCGAGUGGGAGAAUUCAGAGGAGAGAAAGGCGGAGAAAUUACGAAAGAGUGAUUUUGCAUCGAUUGACCCAGCACCGCCUAGUGAGCAGUCCGAAUCGAUCGAGAAUCUCGAGAAGUCAUUACUUGAUACGAAAUUGCCAUUGUUCUUGCGAUACAGGGCUAUGUUUGCGCUCAGAGAUCUUGCGUCACCCCCAGACCUUCCCACAGCCGUCCCGGCUGUCCAAGCCCUUGCGAAAGGGCUCACAGACCCAUCUGCGCUAUUCAGACACGAGAUUGCUUUUGUUUUCGGGCAAUUGGCACACCCAGCUUCCAUUCCAGCCCUUACUGCGGCACUUAGUGAUGUGAACGAGGCGAGCAUGGUGAGACACGAAGCUGCUGAGGCUCUUGGCAGUCUGGGUGAGGAGGAAGGCGUCGAGGAUAUCUUGAAGCGUUUUUUGAACGACAAAGAGCAGGUCGUUAGGGACAGUGUUGUGGUUGCUCUAGAUAUGGCGGAGUUUGAGAAGGCUGGCGAGGUUGAAUACGCAUUGAUUCCGGAGGCUACACCUGCAUAG